UCCAUAUUCUCUACACAAAAUCAAAAUGUUGACUCACACCAUUUCUAAAUCCAAAUCUUUGGUAACCAUUUUGUUAGUUCUACAAGCUUUCUAUCACACAUCAAAAGCACAAAACUGCGGUUGCUCGUCGGAGCUAUGUUGUAGUCAGUUCGGAUUUUGUGGUAACACUUCAGACUAUUGCGGUGUAGGCUGUCAACAAGGGCCUUGCUUUGCUCCUCCUCCUGCAAAUGGUGUCUCUGUGGCUGAGGUUGUUACGCCAGAUUUCUUCAAUGGAAUCAUUGGUCAAGCCGAGUCUAGUUGCGCCGGCAUCGGAUUUUACAGUAGGGGAGCUUUUCUUGAGGCCUUAGAAUCCUAUUCUCGUUUCGGUAGGGUUGGAUCGACCGAUGACUCUAGGCGCGAGAUCGCAUCGUUCUUUGCUCAUGUCACGCAUGAAACUGGACAUUUCUGCUACAUAGAAGAGAUAAACGGAGCCUCGAAGGAUUAUUGCGACGAGACAGCAACACAAUAUCCAUGCAAUCCUAACAAAGGCUAUUAUGGUCGCGGACCAAUCCAACUCUCUUGGAAUUUCAACUACGGGCCAGCCGGGACAGCAAUUGGUUUUGACGGUCUCAAUGCACCAGAAACAGUAGCCACGGAUCCAGUCAUAUCCUUUAAGACCGCCUUGUGGUACUGGACCAAUAGGGUUCAGCCCGUUCUCCCUCAAGGUUUUGGUGCAACGAUCCGUGCCAUUAACGGUGCUUUGGAAUGUGAUGGGGCCAACACAGCCACCGUUCAAGCUAGAGUUGGCUACUACACCGAUUAUUGUCGUCAACUUGGCGUCGAUCCUGGAAACAAUUUAACGUGCUAACAAAAUAUAUCUAGUAAUCUAUAUUUCUGUAUACAAAAAAGUGAAAAAAAGACAAAGCUUUUAAGAAUGUAACUCAUUAAUGUUUUGAUGUUUUGUCCCAUUAAUGUUGAAUAUUAAAAUCCACAUUA